AAAUUGUCAGACUGCUCAGGUUAAACUGAUUCGUUUUAAGUAAAUUAUCGAUUCAAAUCGAAUAUAUUUAUUUCAAAUAUAUUUAUUCUAAAUGCUAAAGCUAAAUACUUUUUGUUUUACUCAGAUAAAUGAUCGAGAAAUGAGAACAGAAGCCGUGUACGAUUUUGAAAAUUCACGAGAACAUAUAAUUGAAUGGUUACGUCAUGCAAUGCGUGGGGUUUGCCAAGAUGCUGAAAAAACUGAAAUUAUUCAGAAUUUAUCCAAUGAUACGGCGUACAGCACGUUCGAUUGGGGCCAGAAAAUUUUACCACAAAAGUAUCGUGAACCACAAAAAGAUUAUUUCGGAAAGCGCGUCCAAAAAGGAAAGGAUAUAUGUGAUCGUAUAAUGGGUGUAUCGAAAUCUCGUUUACGUGCAUGGGAAAGUAACGGACAUGAUAUACAAAACGCAGUUGAUAUAAAAGAAGGAUUUGAAUAUGCAGGUGGAAUUAAAGACGCAAAAGUAGCAGUGGCACAAAUAAUUGAUGAUGAAGGACGUGUCCUUGGUGCAUCAAAUAUUCCAAAUGUUACGAUAGUUAGAAGUAUUGUGUAUGAUGCAAAUGGAAUGAAAAUUCACAAGGCAAGUGGAAUUGGUAAAGGAAAAUAUGUACCAUAUAAAAAUAUAGAUUUCGAAAGUCAUAUGAAAAUAAUAAUUCCAUUUGUGGACAGCAUUGGUUCUCGUUUAUCUGCUUCAGUCAAAUCAUCUCAGUAA